UGACAGGGACACCUCGCUGAUGUGCUGCCACGCUUGACGCUCUCAUCUCCACGUUUGGUACUGAAACCCCACCAACAGAGGACCACUGUCCGUGCUGCUUCGGUAGGAACACAACAGAGCCACGGAAUCAGGAUAAGACUGAUAGCAACUAAGUAUCGGCUUCCGAGACGGUUUCCUCUGGCAAAAGGGAACAACUGGACGUAGAGGGCUCUUUUUUUUUUUUUACAAGAGGUCGCGAGCUAUAACUGCCGUUGCCACUUACAGCUACGACACUGCUCGAGCUGCUGCUGAAGGAGUCAAGUGCGGUGAACUUUCAUGUUGUCGCCGUUUCAGAUUUCUAAACUUUCUCAGGGUACAUUUGAAUGCACCCGAAUAGGCAUUAACACGACAUGAGUUCAUUUACCCACUGUAUUUGAACAUGUCAGCAGUAGGCUACAUUAUUUACUCAAAAGCAUUUCUGGGUUAUGCACACUUUGCUGAUAGUGGGCACUGCUGGAGACAUUGUUGCUCUUUUAAAGUGCACUUUCAAGGUUACUAACAGGGCAGCGACUUUGAUGUUAAUUAAAUGAGUCGGGCGCUCUAGUGGGUAACUCCCGCUAGAGAUAACAGAGCACAGUAGUCAAAGAAAGGUGAGACUGACUGUUAACGCUGUUAAAACGACUUAAAGGAGAAACCUGCAUGGAGGUUCACAUAUGACAAGUCGACGACAUUUAUGGAGGGUCAGUUUGUAGUGCGGCUCUGGCUGUAAAACUGAAAUGGGGCUCUUUUCCAGGAUACAAGUGCACAGUUGAAGACCGUCGUAUAAUUCUCACUUGGGAAUAGUUUACAACCAUCGUAUCAGGGUUUUUACCACUUAAACCAACAGUACUGUAAAAACCUUUCAAAGACACCCUAGUUUAUCCUCUGGGAUUUAACCACUACUGAUUUCCCUCGCGCCCGGACCAUGGCCUCCUCCUCGCGGAACAGCUCCUUCUGGUUGCUCUGGAGACGCACCUUCCUCGCGAUGGGGCUGUGCGCGCUCGUGGCGUUUGGAACAGCGGAGGGUGACAGCGCCUUCAACUCAGAGUCAUGGCUGAAGAUGUACGGUUACCUGCCCCAGGCCAGCAGACAGAUGUCCACCAUGCGAUCGGCUCAGAUCCUGUCCAAUGCGAUCAGCGACAUGCAGCGCUUCUACAGCCUGCAGGUCACUGGACAGAUGGACCAACAAACAGUCAGUGCCAUGAGGAGACCCCGCUGUGGUGUGCCUGACAAGUUUGGAGGCCCGAUCAAAACCAACGUGCGGCGGAAACGCUAUGCCCUCACGGGGCAUAGAUGGAACAAGAGCCACCUCACUUACAGUAUCCAAAACUACACUCCCAAGAUUGGAGAGUAUAACUCAUACGAAGCCAUCCGUCGGGCGUUUAAAGUCUGGCAGCAGGUGACCCCAUUGACCUUUGACGAAAUCCCCUACCAGGAGAUCAAAUAUGGACGCCGCAAGGAGCCCGACAUUAUGAUCUUUUUCGCUUCGGGUUUCCAUGGAGACAGCUCUCCUUUUGAUGGGGAGGGAGGCUUCCUAGCUCAUGCCUACUUCCCUGGACCUGGAAUGGGCGGGGACACACACUUUGACUCCGAUGAACCAUGGACCAUAGGAAACCAUAACGUACAAGGUAACGACCUCUUCCUGGUUGCAGUCCAUGAGCUGGGCCACGCCCUUGGUUUAGAGCACUCCAACAACCCACUUGCCAUCAUGGCUCCCUUUUACCAGUGGAUGGAGACGGAGAAUUUCCAACUGCCAGAUGACGACCUGCGAGGCAUCCAGCAGAUCUAUGGUCAGCAGAACAGCAGCCCCACCGUGGCCCUGCCCACCGUGACACCUCGUCGCCCGGAGCCCCGCCCCCCACAAACUCCCCCCCGUCAUCCUGACCACCCCAGGACCACUGAGAGACCGGAUCACUACGGGCCCAAUAUCUGUGAAGGGAACUUUGACUCUGUGGCCAUGCUCCGAGGGGAGAUGUUUGUUUUCAAGGGUCGGUGGUUCUGGCGCGUGCGCAGGAACAGGGUCCUGGAUAACUACCCCAUGCCCAUCGGUCACUUCUGGAGGGGGUUGCCUGGAGACAUAGACUCUGCCUACGAGAGACACGACGGCAGGUUCGUCUUCUUUAAAGGAACCAGAUUCUGGCUCUUCAGGGAGGCUAACCUGGAACAGGGCUAUCCAAUGGAGCUGGUCGAUUAUGGCCUAGGUAUUCCCUAUGACCGAAUAGACACAGCCAUCUGGUGGGAGCCAUCCGGCUACACCUACUUCUUCCAAGGAGACAGGUACUGGCGCUUCAACGAGCAGUCCCGCCACACGGACCAAGGAUACCCGAAAUCAAUCAGUGUCUGGGGAUCCUCAGUACCCUCCUCCCCCAAGGGGGCCUUCCUCAGCGAUGAUGGAGCGUACACCUUCUUCUACAAGGGUUCCAAGUACUGGAAGUUUGACAACCACCGCAUGAAGAGCGAGCCGGGCUACCCCAAGUCCAUCUUGAGAGACUUCAUGGGCUGCAGUGCGGACCAGGACCCAGACCGAGACACGGACGCAGACGUGGGGCGCAAAUACCCCGACGUGAACCGGCCCCCUUUCAACCCCGACGCAACCGGACGCGACGGAGACAUGGGCAAAGACGGGGAUCGUGACGGGACGGACAACGACGUGGGCAAAGGGUCGGACGGCGAUAAAGACGAGGACUACCGGGAGGGCCGCGAGGAAGACACCAAUGAGGUGGACGUGGUGCUAAAGGUGGACGACAGCGAGGAGCGGACCAUGAACAUCCUGAUGGUGACCAUCCCUCUGGCCCUGGUGCUGUGCAUCCUGGGACUCGUCUACGCCAUCAUCAACACGCUGCAGAGCAAAGGGGCUCCACGGCUGCUGGUGCACUGCAAGCGCUCGCUGCAGGACUGGGUCUGACCCUGAACAAGAGCAGAAACUGAACUUUGAACUUACAUUGGAACCUUAGACACUGCGCUCCUCUAAUCCAAGCCUCUUUCCACCGACCCAUCCGUCUCUGGCAACUCUUAGAACCUGUGGUAGUAGAUCCAAUACUGUACACAAACACUAGAAGCAAGCAUUAAUUAUGUUUUACUUAUACACAAACAAACCAUCCUAACCUCCUCCUGUCUCCCAUGGUGCUCUACAAUGCGUCGACUGUAGUCUAUUUAUAUGAGAGAAGUUUGCACAUUGUUUUUUUUUAUUUCUGUUCAUUUUGUGUGACAUUUUGAUAUAAUUAUUAUUAUUUCGAAACCAGGAAGGCUGUUCAAUUCUCCGCCUUCCCCCCCUCGUCUAAUCUUGGCAGGGUCUUUGUCCUCGCCGAUACCUUCAUAUCUGCUAAUGCUAUCACAGUCGGCACAAAGAAAAUCCAAAGGGUUAGUAAAGAAAAACGGAUCACUAUGGAAGGGUUCAGUAGAUUGUCUUCCCCUUCUCACCGUCUUCUUCUCUAUGUCUUCGCCUGUUUCUGCGGUACAGUUUGUCAUUUCAGUCCAAUACAGUGGUUAAAACAAUCCCUCUAACAUGGGGUCUAUUUAAAGAAAAAGUGAAAUAUUGUGGGAAAUACACUUAUUUGUAAAGACAUUUUUUGUUAGCAAAUAGAAAUUGUGGCUUCGAAAAUAUGGCCUAAGUGGAAUCAACAGUAUCCUUAUCCUUUACAUUCAGAGCACCACUGCCUUGUUUUCAGUCUUCAUCUAUAGCACAAUAGGUCUGCCUUCUUUUGUUUCCUUAUUUGGAGAGCAUUUAAAGUCCUCUUUGGCUGAAAGGCCUCAGACUUUAUCUCUUCCUUUAACCAUCAUUUAUGAGGCUAAUUCUCAGAGAGCUUCCUUUCUGUCAGCAGAAAUAUAUUUUCUUUGCACAGGAGAGGAGAAAGACUAAUGGUCCAUUUAAAAAGUCAGCUCAGUGUGAAAUAACACAGGAGAAGUAGCAUCUUUGACAUAACACCAUGGAGAAACAAACGAAGCCCUGGCCUUUAACUCAAGAACAGGAAGUAGCAGCACACAUGUAACCCAGCGGUCUGAGGGUGCAGCUAAUGUACCGUGCACUCUGUAAUGGACUUUUUACUGCUCAUGUUUUUGUUUUUUUCAAUUGAAGUAGAUUCACACAUGACCUGGGGUCUAUCUAUUGUAAACACUGGAGCUGUGAGCACCAGGGUGGGCUUGGCUCAUGUGAACACAGACUAAUCCUGUUCAUUAAGAAACAGCAGGUGUGCAAAUGCUGUUAACCCCUGCGACACCUAAACUAAACCUUGAACUCCCAGAAACAAAACACUCUCCUCUCCCUUUUCAUCUUGCGAGAAGUGUAAUGUGGGCAGAAUAAAAGUACUCAUUAUAAAAGUAAAAAAAAUAUAUUCCUGGCAGCCAUUUAUUUUGUAGUGUAUAAAAAUCACAGACACACAAAAGCAAAAAUAAGUCACUCAGAUGGAUGAUAUAACUCAAGAUGGGUUUUCGCAAUACAUGUGGUAUUAAUAAUACAAAUGUGAAUAAUGAUAUGAUGUCAACAUACACAUGACAUGUCAAUAAUAGAACCACUUAAAUAAUUGCAGGUUAUUUUCUGUUUUUGCGGUUUAUUGGCUAAUCAAGUUGCCUUUUCACUGUCUAAUGGAAACACUUUUGUACAGUUAUUCUUGCCUAUCACUAGUCGUGUUUUGAGUGUAAUUAAGAUGCCAACGAAGCCAUGGAAACAUUAAUUGAAGAAAAAAGGCGUAAGAGCAAUGUGAAUAAUCUAAUCAUUACUCGAUGUUCUAAAAAAAUCUGAUCAAUAAGAGUCUAGAAACCGGCCUCAGAUUAGAGAGAGUGGAGGAGUGCAGCUUCAAUAUGAAUGGGAGGAAGCCUUAUCUGACGGCGCAUUAAGGACCAAGCUGCCAAUCUGAGCAGACGGGUCUCAGCCGGAUCAGGUUACAGAUGUGGACGGGGGGGUGAGGAGACACAAGAGAAAGGGGGAGGGACGCUGACCUCGUCUCCCUGAGCUCUCACAGCUUGGAUCACAGGAAUAAGGAGGGGUGAGAGAGAGAGAGGGAGAUAGGGGACUUUGAUGGCUCUAUCCCACUGGCAACCGCUCAUGUGACCCAAAUUCUCCUGCUAGCUCAACCGCAGUGCUAGCCAAAGAGGAAACUUUAGCCUACAGGAGGUGACGGUCUUUUGCUGUAUGUGCUUAGUAGCUGCGAAGAGACCCCAUCACAUGUUUAAAAAAGUGCUAAAAAGAUUAAUACAUUUGGGAAAUAUUAAGUGAAUCGGGAACUAUUAUUAUAUUGAUCUCAAAAUAUUUGAUUGACUGAUUAAGGAAAAAGUUAAAUGAUUUGACUCCAGCUUUCUAAAUCGGAUUCUUAAGUAGUUUCUGUUCUCCUCUACUUUGAGUUGUGGGGGGAAAAUCGAAAUACCCAGAAAAUAAAUGACGGAUGAAUCAACAAAGACAAUAAGUAGUUGCAGUGCUAGUUUAAAAACCUGCUUACCAAUUCCAGCUGCGCCUCACAAUUUAGCUUUGUCUGCUUUCCUUCAGUGCCAGUCAGACUGUAUGUUGACAGACGGUGCGGAAACACAACACCGCUGUUCUCUUACUUCACCUCCAGCUGCAGGUGCAGACAGGUUGAGGUGGGACACCGCUCAGAAGGAGGUAAAGUUAACAGGACACUCGCUGAGUGGAAGAAAAGGAAGAGCAUCAUCUUCCGUCACCAGAAGUCUGCAGAUUGAUCUGUGGCCGGUCAAUAGCGGUUGCCAGGAAACGGUGUCCUGUGUCCAUCGCUCACCUCCUCUCCAUCAGGGUUGGAGGGGGAGGGGGAUUGGCGGGCGUAGCUAAUCAGUGUUAAAAGCCCCCCUAACCCCAUCUGCUUUCUCCUCCCCUGUCCUGCUCUUCCUACAGGCACAUCAAUGCUUAGACCGCCCCAUGUCUGGACAGGCUCAGAAAAUGUCGACUCAUUGUAUUAGAGGCAACGCUUUGUGUGGAGUUGUUAUUAUCAGUUCUCCUUUGUGACCUCCACACAGCAAGCCCACAUGCAGUUAACCACGUUAAAGUUGAAAACGUUAAUUGUACUAGCGUUUCUUUACUUUAAACCAUAUUCUUUUGCCAGUUUGAGAGCUCCUUUUUGGCAGGACACUGACAGGGAUUCAUUUGUUGUGUUUCAAUUUGGGCACUUCUGUACUUAGAUGUGCUUUUUAAGUGCACGAGUGCGUCCUUUUGCAUGGUUUGGCACUUUAAACCGUCAAAAACUUGUGUGUAGAACACUGGACACUUCUCACACUCAACAAUCGUCAUGUUAGCAAAGGUUGGAUACGUAGCAGAAGUCGGCUACCAGCAGUGGUUGCUGGAAUCAAGAAAGCAGAUAAAGGUUUUGUUAAGUAAAAGUUAUACCUUAGUUUUUUUCAGUAUUUAAUAAAGGUAAUACUAUAGUAGCGUCAAAAAUUAGCCCCCGUUAAUUUUAUUGGGUGAAUUAGUCUCUAAUGGUUUGCUACAGCAAACGAUUACAUUGAGAAGCUAGCUAGCUAACAGUGAUGUUUGCAACUUCCUGGAGGGUACAGCAGCUGUUUGUGAUUUAAGACAACACUACAGGGUAGAAAUUCACAGUGUUCACAGUGCACAACAUGCAGCGGACUAAGGAACGUUUCCGAAUUGAGACACAGUAAUGUUCUUAGGACAGCUAGCAGAACAGAAAUAUGGUAAAGGUUCAGAAAGGAAGCAAGGCAGGCUGAUUGAUGCCUGUUUGUGUGUGUCGAGGUGUUUAGUUAAUCAGCUCUACUCUCCAUAAGCGAGGCCUGUUCUCUCUGACUGUAAAUCUCCCACACUCUCUCUAUCUGUCCCCCCUCCCCACCAUGCUCAGCCCGGCCCUCCACGCCCCGGGGGAUCGUAAUAACAACAAUGGCCUUCUCUCUCACACACUCUCUCCUCCCCCCAUAUACUCUCUAUAAUACACACACACACAAACACAUUAUUGUCUUCCCUAACCUCACCUUCCUUUCGCCUCUCCCACCCCCCGAUAGGAAACUAGUCAAGGCUAAGGCCAAGCCUUUUUUUGUAGAUCCUUGUUCAGCAACUUUGAAUACUGUGUUAGGAUUUACUUAAAACACUACCUGUCAGGUUUUGAGUCUGCUUUACGCAGACUCAGCAACAGGAUGUCACAUUCAGAUUUCAAGUUGCAAAGGCUGAAGUUCUUUUUAUGUUAAUUCUCUGUUCGUUUUGAAAUACAGGGCCUUGAUGCAAGGUUUAGGUGUGGUGAGGCAAUCCCUUGUCUGAGCUUUCAUCUCCCUCAGGAUGUUUCUGUGAACACUGCUUUUCUCUCUUAUUUUGAUGAACAUCUCUGUUAAAACCUCCUCUUUUCUCUUUUCGUUUUCUUCAUGCUGUGUCUCUCUACUCCACUUCAGCGUCCUGUGGUCAAUGUGUGUCCCUGCACUUCCUAAUAACCACAAGCUUCAAACGGUCAUUGCAUCAGCCCUGUGCAAAGUCUGAACUCAAAGGGAAAAAACCAGAUCAAUAAAAAACGAACUGAGAAGAUCAAAGAAAAAAGUAAAACUUCACAUACAGUACGACUGUGUUCAGUUUCUCUUCCACUUCGGUCAACUUUGUGGCUUAUGAUGGCACGAACCCAAAGGAUCAUGGGUUGUCCAGAUGCUUCUCUCUUUUCCCAGAGUGCAUCUCACCUUAGCUCGUUAAACCACUCUGAAAACACUCAUUUUAAAUCACCACAGGCUAAUUUAUUUCGGUGAAACAGACAAAGACAUUGAGUGUUGCUCCAGGCAGACAUGGAAACUGUUGAGAAGCCUGUUGUCCCCCACUAACUGCAGCGACAGUAGAUGUUGCUGGAUUAUUUACUGGCCCUCCAUGGUGGAACUCUUCAUUACUACCUGAGUAAUGCUUCAGUGACUUUCUGAAAAUGUAACCAUCAUCCCUGACUGGGAUGAGAUACCAAAAAAAAAGCCGCUGUCAAAAAUAAAAACAGAUGACAUUUUUGUUGGUCUUUGAUCAUUUUUAUUUUAUUUCUCAAACUUGAUAGGACAUGUUUUUUGUUAAUAACAUUCCAAUUGUUGUUUUUUUGGUUGGUUGUUAGUGGGGUUUUUUCUGUAGAAAAUGUAAUAUUUUAUACAUUUGUGUUUUUUGUGUGAUCACCUCUAGUUGAGUGUGUUAACAAGCCAUGCUGGACAUGUACACAUUAAAAAUUGCUCUGAAAAUA